GCAUUUCUACCUGCUUGAACUUGUUAAUCCACUUUUGGAAUCUUUUGCUUUAAAUUAACAAAAAGUGGCCCUGGUUGUACAGUGUGUCCAUUCAGUAUGAGCCUAGUGCAUGGCCACUUUUAAACAUUGUUCUCCCCUGAGGUAUAGGACCAUAAGUAGCUUUGUUUUUCAUCUAUUGCUCCAGUUCAGGGGCAGUAGAUGUGGAGAUCUGUACAUGGGAACAGAGGUGGCACAUUACACUUAAUUGGAAUAGCCCAUCUCAGUGAAGCUUGAGCCACUUUAUUAUAUUUCACUUUGUCUUACAGUAGCCACUAGCCAGAUGCCCUCUCUUGCACGUGAUGUUAGGAGAAGAUGGGAAGACUUCAAUCCAUAUUAUUCAGAAUUAUCCAGGUGGAAUCGUAAGUUCAGAAGAGAACCAGAGAACUUUGACUUUUCUGUCCUUUCCUACAAUAUCCUUUCCCAGGACCUCCUGGAGGACAACUCCCAUCUGUACGGCCACUGUAGGAGGCCACUCUUGUCCUGGAGCUUCAGGCUGCCCAAUAUUCUCAAAGAGCUGGAGGAUAUGAAUGCAGAUAUACUUUGUUUACAAGAGGUUCAAGAAAAUCACUACCAAACUCAGAUCAAGCCCAGUUUGGAAAGUCUUGGGUACCACUGUGAGUACAAGACUCGCACUGGAAAUAAGCCAGACGGCUGUGCCAUUUGCUUCAAGUCCAAUAAGUUCUCCUUGGUGUCCGCGACCCCCGUGGAAUAUUAUAGGCCCAAUAUGGCGCUGCUGAACCGAGACAACAUCGGACUUGUGCUUUUGCUUCAACCAAAAUUUCAAAGAGCAGCACCUGUAAUCUGCGUGGCCAACACCCACUUGUUGUAUAACCCAAAGCGCGGGGACAUUAAACUGACACAGCUGGCCAUACUCCUUGCUGAGAUUGCUCGUGUGGCAUUUACUAAGGACACAGGCUUUUGCCCAAUUGUUCUCUGCGGGGACUUGAACUCUGUGCCUGGGUCACCUCUGCACAGCUUUAUCAGGGAAGGAAAGCUUAAUUAUAAGGGCCUGACCAUUGGAAAGGUAAUGCUUUAUAAUACACAAAAGCCGUGAAUAUCUUGUAAAUUAUAUCCUUAUAAACGGUGAGUAGUGAUGUCAUCAGUUAUAAACGGUGAGUAGUGAUGUAAUUUCUGUCACAUGACUCACUAAAAUUUGUGUAUUAUAAUUAAUAAAGUACCCCCAGUUGUAAAAUAUGAGGAUAUUAUAAGUUACCUCGGAGUUCCAUGACCUGUAUAAAAACACUCGGCCUUCGGCCUCGUGUUUUUAUAUGGUCAUGAAACUCCUCGGUAACUUAUAAUAUCCUUAUAUUUUACAAGAGGGGGUACUUUAUUCACUAUAUCUGCUUGUCCUACACUUACAUAUAGAAUGGAAAGUGUCUGUGACACUCACAUGCUCAGUGGGCUCUGAUUGGCUGUUGAGAAGCUAAGCUUAGGGCUCGUCACUAAUUAUCCAGCAGAAAAUGAGCUUCCCUGGCUGUAAUAUAAGCUGAUGCUACAGGUUUGCUGAUUAUUAAAUUCUGAUGCUAAUUGCACUGGUUUCUGUGCUGCCAUGUAGUAAUUAUCUGUAUUAAUUACUAAUCAGCCUUAUAUUGUGACAUUUCUAUUCUAUGUGUACUGUAUAUUGUGAGUGGCUCCCUAAGCUCAGUAAGUGACAGCAGCACAGAGCAUGUGCAGUGAAUCAGCAGAAAAGAAGAUGGGGAGCUACUGGGGCAUCUUUGGAGACACAGAUUUUUACUGCUAAAGGGCAAUCCUACUUUAUAAUCUAAAGCUUUUAUCUUGUUACAGAUUCAUCCAAUGAAACAUCUGCUGGGAAUUCUGCUCCAAGUACAGAGGUGGAAUCAAGCCUGUUCCAUCACUUCAGCCUCUCCUCAGUGUACAGUCAUUUCUUUCCUGGAUCAGGAGUCCCUGAGGUCACUACCUGCCACUCCAGAUGUGCCCUGACAGUGGAUUACAUUUUUUAUUCAGCAGCAGCGAAUGACCUGUUUGCUCAGCUAGGAACAAAUUAUUCCCAUACUGGUCUCCAGCUCCUGGGGAGACUCUCGCUGCUCACGGAACAAGAUCUUUGGGGCUUUAACGGCCUCCCCAACGAGACCAACUCCUCCGAUCAUCUCUCCUUACUGGCCAAGUUUAGGCUGCAGACUUGACCGUAUUUUAUAUUUGUUCAGCCUCUUUAUUUAAUGCCCCUCCCCCAUUCUCGUUUAGUGCGAGGGAUAUUUUAAUUAAGCACAUGAACAAAAGUCGGCGUUUAUGAGAAAGACACAGGUUGGUUUUUGUGAUAUGCCAUUUUAUAUGUGUCUCUGAAUUUCAUUGCUCUUCUGUGCAAUUUGUAAAUUGUAUUAAUUCCUGUAAAUAUUUUCUAAACAAAA